CUGUAUUUUUUUCAAACUAAUUUCCAUUCGUAUGUACAUAUGUAAGAGUUAUCGUUUUUGAGUCAUUGAAAAAGUCUUCCAUAUUUUUAACACAUAAAAUAAAAGGAACACUUUGUAAAAAAUUAAGCAACCAGCUUGUAAUAAGUGUAGUGGCCAAAUAAAUGUUCGAGAGAAAUAAGAGUCAGAACGUUUCCAACGAAGAAAGAUUUAACAGAAAGUAUUUUUAAGGUGUUCACGUAAAAUUAAUAAUUUUCAUCAAUUUAAAAAUUCAUCAGUUAAAUUAUACAGUCGUCAAUAUGAUGUGUUUGAUUAUAUACAGAAUUUGUAGUUCAGUCAUUGAACUUCACCCAUAUGCCGUUCGAGGGGUAGUUUACAUGUUAUUAAUACUAAGUCUAGAUAUGCAGCCUAAGCUAUUAUGCAAUGCCGAGAGAAAAAGGACAACAACGUCUUCAUUGUCAAGUGCGACGGAAGUACCAAUUAAUGAACUACAGUCAGAAGCACCCAAAUCUACCCGUACCCUGGCAUUUACAACUUCAACGGCUUUCGCUAAAAAGCAACAUUUAAAAAGUAUUGAUGGAAGCAAUGAGCGCUCUGGAACAGUUACCAGCUUAAAAAAAAAUAUUAAAAGCACUUCGCAUCCAAUUGGGAUUACAAUGGUCACAUCGACUGCCAAGCCGUCAUCACAGGAAAUGGUCUCUGUAAAUUUACCUGGUGAUAUCAUACUUGGAGGACUUUUUCCUGUACAUGAAAAAGGUGAGGGUGCACCUUGUGGCCCGAGGAUUUAUAACCGUGGCGUGCAUCGUCUUGAAGCAAUGUUAUAUGCCAUUGACCGCGUUAAUAACGAUACCAGUUUAUUGCCUGAUAUUACGCUGGGGGUGCAUAUACUUGAUACCUGUUCCCGAGACACAUACGCCCUAAAUCAAUCUCUGCAGUUUGUGCGAUCAUCUUUAAACAAUCUGGAUACAUCGGCAUUCGAAUGCUCGGACGAUUCUAUGCCCCAUUUACGAAAGAACGCCUCUUCAGGUCCGGUAUUUGGCGUGAUUGGCGGGUCAUAUAGUUCCGUUUCUCUUCAGGUAGCCAACCUUCUCCGACUGUUUCAUAUUCCUCAAAUUUCUCCCGCAUCUACAGCUAAAACAUUAUCAGAUAAGACACGUUUCGAUUUGUUUGCGCGCACUGUCCCACCAGAUACAUUUCAGUCUGUAGCUCUCGUCGAUAUCAUAAAAUGUUUUAACUGGUCUUACGUGUCUACCAUUCACUCAGAAGGCUCUUAUGGAGAAUAUGGCAUUGAAGCAUUUCAUAAAGAAGCUAGUGAACGCAAUGUUUGCAUUGCAGCUGCAGAAAAGGUACCCAGCGCUGCUGAUGACAAGAUAUUUGAUAUUAUUAUUUCGAAAUUACAAAAAAAACCUAGUGCUCGGGGGGUUGUAUUAUUCACAAGAGCCGAAGACGCCCGCCGUAUCUUGUUGGCAGCUAAGAGAGCUAACUUAACUCAUCCUUUCCAUUGGAUAGCAAGUGAUGGAUGGGGAAAACAGCAAAAACUUCUCGAUGGACUAGAAGAUAUAGCAGAGGGCGCUAUAACAGUAGAGUUACAAUCCGAAAUCAUUGAAGAUUUCGAUAGAUAUAUGAUGCAACUAACACCCCAAACAAACACGCGAAAUCCAUGGUUUGAGGAGUACUGGGAAUAUACAUUCAAUUGUGUCCUUCCAAAAAAUUUUAUGAAAUCAGAAGAACAACACCAAAAAAUCAGCAAUACAAUUAUUGAAAAUAAGUACUUUGCUUCUAACGACAACGACGACUUUCCAAUUUGGGAAAGCCAGGCAUCAAACUCACGUGGGCAUAUUUGUGAUGAAGGAUUUCGACUGUCGGAGAAAGUUGGGUCUAAUUACGAUAAAUUAAACCAAAAGCAGAAGCAACUGCGAACUGCUUAUGAGAUGACCUUGCGAAGCGUCUGA